AAAAAAUAAAACCUGGCCCCAAAGCCCUGAGAAACCAGCAAACCCUACCUCGUCUCCUCUCCUCCCCUCCCCUACCCACCCCUCCUCGCCGGCGAAAUGUCCGACCGCCGCCGCGACAAGGAGAAGCCUCGCGACCGCGACCGUGAAAAGGACCGUGACCUCGACCGCCAUCGCGACCGGGAUCGCGACAGGGACAGGGACAGGGAUCGGGUCCGGGAUAGGGAUCGCGACCGCGACCGCCGCCGCGACCGCGAGCGGAAGCGCUCCCGGUCCCGCUCCCCGUCAGCAGACCGGGACCGCUCCCACCGCCGCCACUCCCAUUCCCACCGAGGCCGCUCGUCCCCCUCCCCUGACGCCGGUCGCCACAAGCGCCGCCGGGACGCGUCCCCUGCCGACGCAGACCAGCAUCACAGGGAGGACAAGAAGUCCGUCGAUCCUCCCGCGCCACCCAAGGGCGGAGGGGACCCGGCGGCGGUCGCAGCGGUGGGUGACGGGGACGUGGAUGCGGAGGAGCUCGAGAUGAUGAAGAUGAUGGGCAUCCCCGUCGGGUUCGACUCCACCAAGGGGAAGCACGUUCCCGACGCCGACGUCAGUGGCGUGCGCGUCGUCACCAAGCGGCAGCCGCGCCAGUACAUGAAUCGCCGCGGCGGGUUCAACCGGCCCCUGCCGCCAGAGCGGAACCGCUGAGGAAAGGAUCAUGUGCCAUUGCAAAGAUGUGUUGAUGUCGGGUUGCAGUUACACUGUUACUGGACCGUGUUGGAGAUGAACUACUUCUGGGCAUGUAUAACCUUGAUGGCCAGUUACUUUGCCAAACUAUGUAGACUGAUCCUGUUCUGCAUUAUCCUUUCUUUGGUCAUCGUUUGUUCUGUCGGCAUUCCAGGAAACAGAAUUUGGUGGCUCAUUUUGAAACUAUGGCUUUACAACUUUACAUGAUGUUUCUGGCUUUCUCCAUGCAAUUGCACUUGUUUCAGGACAUCAGACAUGCACCACAUGGAUUACCAAGCGAAACAACUUAUGCUACUUGUAUGCUUUGCAAUGAAAUUAUUGGUAAUGGUCGUGAAUGCAGCAGUGUCCCAAGAUUUUGCUGAGCUCUAGCUGGAAUCUUAAGGGCCAGUUCUAUCAAUACUAUGUAGAACAACUCUGGUAAAAAUGGAAGUGUAUACUGUUGCAUUUGAUCCAGGAUAACCUUGGCAGAUUUAGCAGUUUAUGGUUGGAGGGUGUGAUAGGACUAGUUGCUUAUGUGUGCUAGAUUUUUGUUAUAUUGAUUUAUGCUGCAAUGGUUGUUUCACGUCUAAGUUCUGCGAAAUGACCAUGAAUUGUCCAGAUGGAAGGUAUGAAAUGUGAAUUGCAGGUAAACUGGUAAAGUGUUUUUUUAAUGUUGUGUUUAGGGAAAUGCUGAUGUUGUCAUCUUGAUACUAAAGUGGUUGCUGUCUUCUUUGCUCGGCAAACACUUUGCACAUGUGCUGCUGUCUGAUUGAAACGUAAGGGUUUCACAA